CGGUGGAAGAGGAAACGCCGACUCGGGCCGCCCGGUAUUUUUAGAGCUUGUCUCUGCGGUCCUUGGGUUUUGCUUCUCGGCUAUUUGUUAAAAGAAGUGGCGGUGGCUGUUUGAAAUGCCACCGUCGCCGGUCCCGUGCUGCUCUUGGCCUCGCUGCACCGUAAGGCUGAAUGGUACCAGAAAAGCACUGGUUUCUCAGCAACUUGGCACGGCACGCAUCUCUAGCUACUUGAAGAAACCCCAAAACACACAGCAGUGUUGAUAAAGGGCUGAUAAAACCCGGCCAGUCUUGCAGCCCAGCAAGCCAUUAACUAUUCGGUAUCUUUGUGGUCUUAAUUCCAAAAAAAAAGUUAGUGGUGAGGAGCAAAGGGAAAUUUUCUAUAGAUGCGUGUAUCCACGUGGGUAAUACAAAGAGCGAGGCAGAAUAUGAAAGUCUGCAAGUAAUCCCUCUGUGUGUGUGUGCAGCCAGCAUGUGGUGUUGGCUCUAAUUAGACGUGGUCAGGUCUACAGCAAGUUAUGAAAUCUAGAUCUACCCUCAUCUACCCAUGAGCAUGUAUUUUAAGAGAAAUCGGGCAUUACAGUCCCAGGACAAACCUUCGGAUAAUCCUGUGCCGGUAACGUUAUGCAUCGGCAGCGUGAGCGCAGGCAAGAUUUGAAGCUUUUUCUUCUGCAAACUAAGAAAGAAGCUGUCAAAAUGCGUGGGGGUGUGCCGUGCUUGAGUGCAGAAUAAAAGAAAAUAUGUUCUCCCGGCUAAGAGUAGUCGCCACUCCCUGUGCGAUGGUACGUCGCAGCGCACAUACGAAAGAAAAAGGCAAGCCACUGAUGUUAAACCCACGAACAAACAAGGGCAUGGCCUUUACCUUACACGAACGACAGAUGCUUGGGUUGCAAGGACUUCUACCUCCUAAAAUAGAGACGCAAGACAUUCAAGCCUUACGCUUCCAUAAGAAUUUGGCAAAAAUGACUGACCCCUUGGAAAAGUAUAUCUACAUAAUGGGAAUCCAAGAGAGAAAUGAAAAAUUAUUCUAUAGGGUAUUACAAGAUGAUAUUGAACGGUUAAUGCCGAUUGUAUACACACCAACAGUAGGCCUUGCCUGCUCCCAGUAUGGACACAUCUUCAGGCGACCAAAGGGAUUAUUUAUUUCCAUCUCAGACAGAGGCCACAUAAGGUCAAUUGUGAACAACUGGCCAGAGAAUGACGUUAAGGCUGUUGUCGUCACCGAUGGAGAAAGAAUAUUGGGUCUUGGAGACCUAGGUGUAUAUGGGAUGGGAAUUCCAGUAGGAAAACUGUGUUUGUAUACUGCUUGUGCGGGGAUACAUCCAGAUAAAUGCUUGCCUGUGUGCAUCGACGUUGGAACUGAUAAUACAACACUCUUAAAAGAUCCAUUUUAUAUGGGCCUAUACCAAAAAAGGGAUCGCUCGCAGGUCUAUGAUGACCUAAUUGAUGAAUUUAUGGAAGCCAUUACAGACAGGUAUGGCCAGAACACCCUUAUCCAAUUUGAAGACUUUGGAAACCACAAUGCUUUUCGGUUUUUAAGAAAAUACAGAGAGAAAUAUUGUACCUUCAAUGACGACAUUCAAGGGACAGCUUCAGUGGCCUUGGCAGGACUGCUGGCAGCUCAGAAAGCCACCGGUAAACCACUUGCAGAGCAGAAAGUGCUGUUCCUUGGGGCAGGAGAGGCUGCCCUGGGAAUUGCAAACCUCAUUGUUAUGGCUAUGAUGGAAAGCGGUGUUUCUGCUGAGGAAGCCUACAGGAGGAUAUGGAUGUUCGACAAAUACGGUUUACUGGUUCAGGGCCGAGAACAAAAGGUAGAUUCCAAUCAAGAACCAUUUACGCAUCAGGCUCCAGAGCAGAUACCAAAGACAUUUGUAGAGGCAGUGAAUGUACUUCGGCCUUCAGCUAUCAUUGGAGUUGCAGGAGCUGGGCGGCUCUUCUCUCAGGAUGUGAUCAAAGCAAUGGCCUCUAUCAAUGAGCGACCCAUAAUAUUUGCACUAAGUAACCCUACAGUGAAAGCUGAAUGCACAGCAGAGGAAGCAUAUACGUUAACGGAGGGCCGUUGCUUGUUUGCCAGUGGCAGUCCCUUUGAGCUGGUGACUCUGAAAGAUGGGAGAACCUUCAAACCAGGCCAAGGAAACAAUGCUUAUAUUUUUCCAGGCGUGGCUCUCGCUGUGAUCCUCAGCAGUGUUCGACAUAUUAGUGAUAAGGUUUUCCUAGAGGCUGCUAAGGCAUUGACAGAACAGUUGACCGAUGAGGAACUUGCACAGGGAAGACUUUAUCCUCCACUGUCAAAUAUCAGGGAAGUUUCUAUUUAUAUUGCUGUCAAGGUUAUGGAAUUUUUAUACGCAAACAACAUGGCUUUCCAUUACCCUGAACCUGCAGACAAGAACCGUUACAUUCGAUCAAAGGUUUGGACCUACGAAUACGAAUCCUUCAUGCCAGAUGUGUAUGACUGGCCUGAAUCUAAGGUUCACUGAUGCAUCAGAAGAUGGCACUCCUCGGGCGGUAUCUUCUACUCUGCAGGGAUCCCUCUUUCAGACCAAUUCUAAUCAUGAUCUUUGAGUCCUGUAAUUUAUUUUCGCUCAUUUUGUUGUCUUUUUUUUUUUUCCCCCUUCUACUCGGUUUUUCACUCGACGUAGAUUUCUCCCAAGUACCUGAUAAACUGUAUGGAUGAUGGCAUCCCUCACAGGAAUGAGUGAGCUCUCCAAAAUUAAUUUAAAUAAUGACAUUGCAUUUCUAGCUUAGAGCCGGCACCACACUAAAGAAUUCCAUUACUGAUGUUUUAGCUACGUGCAGUUGAUGAUGAACUAUAGUGCGUUCAUCACUGCUGAUUUCCAGAACAUUUUCUUUCUGUUUUUAAUAAUCAGUCUUCUAAUUGCCCUGGUGUUGUCACACGGCGUUAUCUGUGACUUCACCAGAGAGCAUUUGUCAAAAGAAAAAAAAAAAAAUGGAUAGUUUAAGACAAAUUUAACAGUCUAACGGGCUUUCUGUUUUGUCUGAUGUUUAAAGAUGCCCCUGUUCAGACUUCCUUGUGGCAUUGGCUGCUCUCGUUCUCUGAAUGUGCUUUGAGGAGCAGCGCGGUGUGCACAUGUGGAAUCUGCAGCAAUGUUUGUAUUUUGUGUUUCCACUGUUGCGUGAAAUCUGCUUCCAGGAAAAAUGUGAACUAGUUAAAAUUAUCCUUGGAAAGCCUGAAAAUAGUAUUAAUCACUUAAUAGCUUUUAAAAACAAAGCUAUGUUGUUGUGUAAUAAAUGCUAUCAUGUAAAGGCAGGAUCUGAAGUCAUUUACGGAAAUCUUUUAGAGAUUUUUACAAGGAGAUUUCCUACAGUGGACUCCAAGGUGAUGCACCAAAGGAUUUUUAUUUCAUUUGUUAAUUUUCUCAAGGUUCUGUUUCUUCUAAGCUAAAUUGUUUUCUCCCUUGCCUACCUUUUUUCUCACAAAAAGACUUGUGUGUGAUGCUUUCAUGACAACGCUGACUCAAAAACUCCUAAGUGGACUCACCUGCCACUUGGAACAAACCUCCCACAGGCAGCUGAUGAAGCUGAAACAGAAAGUGUGACAGGCAGCUGUUGACACGCACAUUUACAGAAGUUUGAACGUUUCUUGUGGUCUCAGUGCGGUAUAUUCAGUCCAGUUUGAAUACAGGCCUCGAAAGAUCUCAUGCUCGAAGGUGAUCACUUCAUCUUCCUCUCUCCGUAUACAGGUUUAAUUUGUCAGGGUUUUUUUGUGUAAAAAAAACCAACUGCGAGUUGAAUUUUCCAUUGCAAUGAGUAGUACUGCACACUUGAUACAGUGCAUUCCUGUUCAUUUUGUUCAGAUCAGGCUUGAGUGCCCUCCAUUGCUUUGUAUGAGCAGGCAAGGACACACAGCAAUAGUUAUACAAGUCUUGUGAUUUCUCUGAAUCCGGUCUCUGUAACAACAGUGGUGUGUCAGGAACAGAAAUAAAGCUAAGGUGCUGCUCCAUAGUUUGCUGCAUGAAGGCAAAAAAGGACAAAAAUAAAUAAAUAGAUAAGUGUAAAAGGGUUAUGCUGCCAAACUUGAAGCCGGAAUCCAAAGAGAUGAAGUAAAGCUUGCUUAAGAUUUACCUGUGGCAAGCACCUCUCUCAUAUCCUCAUUUAUAUUGGAAAAUGCAGUCUCCGCAGCAGAGGUCCAAAACAGAACAGGGAAAAUAGUCUCUGCACCCCCUUGGACACAGUCCUUGUCACUGACUGCCUCGUCUCUGAUUUUUAAAAUUAUGUUCCUGUAUGAGAUAAAAAGGACAGUAAACUUUUGGGAAGGCUUUACCUGAGUGAGGAGAGAAGACUGAUUAUGUAAAGACAGAAAAUAGCGAUGUGGGGAAAAGCCUGUGUAUUCAAACUGUGGUAAAGUGCUGCCUGGUGGGGCUGGAAAUGCUGCAUUGCCAGGUUGGGCGACGUACAUGGUUUGCAACUUGUAUAUGUAAGUAUAUGUACAAAAAAAGACCAACACACACCUAUGAUGUUUUUACAAAGAAUGCUUUUUUUCAUCUAUUUUUGCUAUGCCUGGUUUUUAUUGUAUUUAAAUUUGUGAUCUUACUGAAAUUAUUUAUUUAGUGUACAAAUUAUUUUUACCUUCUGAAAAUCCAACUCUAGCUGAAGCUUGUUGCAGUGCUGCGUCAGUGGAGUUCUGCAUCAUUGGAUUCGAGUGUAUUGGGAACGCACACUUCCUCGUUUCUGCCAGCGUACUAAUUAGGCAGACGAGUAACAAAAAUAACCCCUUGCACUGAUCUUGUGUCCCAGCUGAGAAUGAUCACAGAGGCAGGGCAAUCGGUCCGUAAAUAUAACUCUGUCUUACAAAAUAAAGAUCUGCAUCCAUCCAUUCAGUCUGAUUUUUUUUUUUUUUUUUUUUUUUCCCCCCCAGGCAAGAAGUGCAGUCAUGGUUCGUAAUCAGCGGGCAUUGAUAGUACUCAGGAAAACCUGGCGCUUGGGGAAAUAGGAAAAACCUGCACGCAGCAGGGGUCUUGCUUUGGGCAAGAGUUGUUUCGGUUCCCAAAGGGAGCUACCGCCCAGGAAAUCUGCAGUGGCUGCUGUCAAGCCGAGGGAAGAUGCCCGUUUUGCCAAGUGCAGUCCUUUCCCUUCCUGGCACGGGCUCCCCUCCUGUCUUUAAGCAGAUUGCAAGAGGGAUUAUUCAGAAUUGGCCAGCAGUGGGAUUUUCCCAAGUACCGAUGUUCCUGCAUAAUUCUGCAGGAAAUCCCACUGCACAGGUGAGGAAAAAGAGUCUUUAACCGACUCGGAGCCCCCAGCUACUGCCCUGAGGGGGCUGCAGAGGCGCCGGAGCUCCAGAGCAGCGAAGGCCUGACUGUCUCUCCCUCACCUGUCCCAGUUACGGCAGCUAAGUGGUACCAGUUAGACUUUAUCUAUGCAUAUGCACCCGUGGACGGUAUUUAAUCAGGUUCCGUGGAUCAUCUAUAGCUUGUAAUAUAGACAUGGCAGAAUUUUAGCUUUAACGUAUAGCUGUUGUUUUCCAUUAGCAACCGGUAACAUGCCAGCUCAUACAGUUUUAAGUGCAUUUCACUCCCUUUCAUCUUUUUCAGAUUAUUUUGGUUUUUAAUAUGUCAAUUCAUCUUCGGUUUUGUGUAUUCGUCAGAUCUAAUUAAUCUUAGAAUUAAUUACAACUGCUAAUCUUGCCGCUUGGUAAGGAACCACACUAUCCUUUUUUGUAUUCUGCUUAACCUGAUUUUUUUUUCUAUUUGCUGGCUUAUUCAAAAGCAUUUACCGACCUUUUAUCCGCGCAGAAAAUUCUCUUCCGCAGUACGCAAAGGGAACCAGGAUGCAUUUUGUAAUGCUGCAUAGCGUAAGUUAAGCUUAAUACUGUUCUUUUAAAAAAAAAAAUACAUCACCUAAAGGAUGAAUUACUGCUGUAGCUCGUCACACAGCCCGGGUGACUUUUGCCCUCCGAAUGGUAUAGAAGCCUGUCUUUCAUGUCUCUUCUGUGAGGAUCCUAUUCUGGAUGUACAGAACACUUCUGAGAGGAUCAGAACCCCCUGAGGUCAGUAGCUCAGUCUUUUCCGGGUCUGGUCCAAGACUUACUUCCUGAAAAUCCACAGGAGCAGGACUGAGCCUCUUGGCAGCAACGUAUAUACCUAGGGGGGAGAGAAGAAAGGGAGCUAAGGCAGCGCAGCCUUUUUUCAUGAAAUAUGUGUGUUCUGGUUCAAAGAUGUUGCAAGGGUUUCUGCGUUCCUGAAGCGUAUGCCUGCCUGCCAACAACUGAUGCGCAGAGGAAGACUAUUAAAAUGUAGUAUCUGCUAUAUUUUAAAACCCAAAUGUGACGCGUCACAUACGUUCUUGGUCAUGUUUGUGAACAGUGAUGUCUCAUGACGUUGUGUUUUGUUUUCCAAGCCUGAAACACAACGACAAUUCACAUGUGGAUCGGUGUUUAACAGGUUUCCUGUGGUAGGUGCAUGUCUUUGUACUGUUUUUUUGGUUUUUUUUUCUCCAGCACGCUGUUCUGCAGGAGGGGGUAAAGUAACCCUUUGUCACACUCCUCUGGUAGCAACUGUAAAGAGACAUGAUAACAACACCUUUUAGUUUUUCGUUAGCGGCCCUAUUUAGUGACUACUCCUCUAGGAGCGUGGGGAUCACUGUUGUACAGCUACAACCCUGAAUUUUAGUUCAGCUGACUCUGGGCCAAAGGAAAUUGAAGUUGUUUUUUUUCAUUUGCCCUGGGGCUUCUUGACUUCAGAGGUGCAGAUUCGAGCAUCUCUGUAAUUUGGAUAAAGGUGUCUACGAAACUCUGGAGAUCGGACUGUAAGAACAGUUCAGUUUGGACUCCCGUUCUCUCUCAGCUCUAAGUGCUGCUCCUGAGUUUAAGAAAACCACUGUCGUUUUGGGAUUCUUUUUAAGAUGACGCGUACUGCUAUCCUGUUUCAUAACAGCCGUAGGUAAGAGGCAGGGACUGGUGUUACAUUGAAUACUAGAGCAAGGAGAAAAUGUAGAGCAAAGCUCUAAUUGCGCUCGCUUGGCGGCUGGACUUGAGCAAUGUAAUGCAGUUGCCACUGGUGAAGGGACACCUAAUUCUGGGUGGAUCUACCCUGACCUACCUACCUACCUGCUCCCGAAAUACGCAUUACCAUGCUAUCAGAAAGCCUGCAGCUGUUCUGGGUGAACCGUGAGGAAAAUUCAGCACGCUUUAGACCUCCCGCUUACCAAAUGGCGGCACUCGGUGAGGAUGCAGCUUAUUCGUGCCUUCUCCGGAGGAACAUUUGUGAACAGGUAGAUGGCACACGGGGAGUCCGGUACCUGGUGGCACGGUGGACUGUGAAAAGCUGUCUCGCAUCGGACGUCUCGCUUGCGGGGCAGGAACCUGAUGGUGUGCGUUUAUAUUCCCUUAUAUUCCACGAAGCAGGCGCUGGAUUGUACUGAACUCUCCCACUACCUUUGACUUUGACUUACCCAUCCUUUAAGCAGUUCCUUCCUCAUGGAAAUAAAAAUACUUUUAGGAUUGCGCAGACGUAGUCAGAUGGCCAGUUUGUUGAGAAAUAAAAUGGCAAAAUCAUUUGCAUUUAUUUCCAUCUUAAACAUAUCUACCUUACCCAAAUAAACAGAAGUACUGGAGUGCUUGUGAGAAGAACAGUUCUACCCUAAUGGUAUGGGGUUGGGUCAUUGCUCAGCUGAAUACUAAAAUUGUAUUUAAAUGUGAACUGAUUGGGUUGUUUGGGGUUUUUUUCUCCUUUAUAAUAUUG